AUGCUUAGCUUUUUUGUUGCAUACGCAAAGUCCUCGACCGUGGGCCCCAGAGUGGGUCGUUUGACUCGUGUUGGUCAAAAGGCCAUCAAAACGCCACACUAUGUAGCUACCACAUCUCGGGGGGUUGUUCCUCACAUCUCUCACGAUACCCUGCAAAAGCAUACAGCAGUGUCAAGCAUCUACCUGGCCCUUGAAGACUUUAUAGAAAAGCGGAUUACAGGUGCGCCUAUCUUCAAGACACCAGCAAAGGAUGGCGAGUCACCACUUCGCAAGUACGUUGCGGCACAGGAUGAUGUGCUCAGCAUCCUGGGCCCCAGACGCGUCCCAGCACUACCAUGUCCUGCCCACAAUAAUGGGUCAGCGAUAUCUAUUUGCACAUCAGUCGGAUUCAGCCAGUUAAAUGUCAAUGAUUACCAUGACGCCCUUCGAACUCUACGUCCAGAUAUCGCCAUCACGAUGGCAGAUGUGGUUAUGCAUGGAACAGCCAGUGUCAAAAGGAUAGAAAAGAGUGCCGACAGGACACAUGCAUGGCUGAGAGAUGCCUGCGAACAGCUUUCAGCACACGAGAAGUCUUCGAGUAAACCAGCGAUCUUCGCCGCUAUACCUCCCAUUGCAAAUGUACAACAAUCACUCUAUCUGCAGGAUCUUGCCGAGGAGUAUCGUCAUAUGCUUUCAGGUCUUGCGAUCUACUCCUCAACCACUGCCGUCGAUCUUCCUCAAGCGCUCUUUGAUCUUCCACGUAUGUCCCUUUCCGAACCAGGUUCACCGCAUUCUCUACUCAAAGACAUGGCACUCGGCGUCGACCUGCUUUGUAUACCGUUCAUAGGGUUCGCUUCAGAUCACGGCAUUGCGCUCGUUUUCGAGUUCCCCGGGCCAGACUUGGCCAUCGACGAGCCACGACCCCUGGGUAUUGAUCUUUGGUCCAUUGAAAAUGAAGCAAGCCUCUUGCCGCUGUCUCCACACUGUGAAUGCUUUACUUGUACUCGACAUCACAAGGCUUACAUACAUCACCUUCUACAAGCCAAGGAGAUGCUGGCAUGGACCCUUCUUCAAAUCCAUAACCUCUCCACCAUGGAUCGCUUCUUCGAUGCAUGUCGAAAAUCUAUAGCCAAUGGAUCAUUCGAAGAGGACGUUGAAUUGUUCACUCGACGUUAUGAAACCGACAUGCCAGCCAAGACAGGAUCAGGGCCAAGGAUCAGAGGCUAUCAAAUCAAAUCCAGCGGUGGUGGUGAAGCAAGAAAGAACGAAAAGGCUUGGGAUAGAUUCGAUGACAUGGCACAGCAAAUUGCGGAGGCAGAGUCAGGACUUGCCACGGCUGAAGGAGAUUCAAAACAGUUAGAGGACCAAGGAAUCGCAGAGAGGGUGUAA